AUGCAGUCGCUCGUGUACUACCCGUUGGAGCGCAGGGAGCCCAAGACGCUCGUGGUGAUCGUCCCAGGCAACCCGGGCGUCUCGUUCUUCUACCUGCCGCUCAUGCAGGAGCUGGUCCGGAGACACGGGCGGCGUCACGAGGUGCGCUGUCUGUCGCACGCUGGCCAUUUUCUGCCGUCGAGGAACAAGGACCAGGCGUUCACGCUGCAAGAACAGCUGGCACACAAAGCCGCGUACGUGCAGCAGCGACUGCAAGCCGAGCCGACGCUGCAGCUCGUCCUGAUUGGCCACUCGAUUGGCAGCUACGUCGUGCUGGACAUGGCGAGGCGAUUUCGUCACCACAUUGCCAAGCUCGUGUUCAUGCAGCCAACGAUCAUGCACAUGGCACUGUCUCGAAAAGGAAAGCAGAUGAUGCCGCUGUUUCACCACUACGAGCGAGCGGUGGCACUUGUUGCAGCAGUGGAGUAUCUCGUGCCACUGUCGCUGCGUCAGUGGAUUGUCCGUCGCGUCGUGGGCGGUGACACGUCCGAGCUAUUGCAAUUGGCGUCGCUCUCGCUUGUGCACGCAAGUGUCAUGCGCAACGUGCUCAAAAUGGCAGCAAACGAGAUGGAGGAAGUGACCGAGCUGGACGGAGACUUGCUGGCAAAGGUCGAACAGAAGGUCUUGUUUGUCUACUCGCCAGUAGAUGAGUGGGUGCCAGCUGAGUUUGUGCAAGAGUACCAACUUCGCUUUCCGAACGCGCAACACCGUGUUGUACCACAAGCUCACGCCUUCAUGAUGGAAGCUAAUGGUACGCACGACAUGGCAGCACACAUUUCACAUUGGAUUGCUGAAGUACUCGACGGCAAGCAGCCGAGUGAAAUGGACGCAGUAGUAGCGUAG